CAUUUGCCUCCCUUUGUCUCCCUAGAGAUCGCUUCUCGAAUCCCCAAUUCCCCUCAGGUUUUGGAGGGAUUCGCGACAUGGGUUUUGCUCCGUCGGGGCUAGUCGCAAAGCCCUCUUGUGGUCGCCGUGUGAUUCCAUGUCUCUUCUUACUCUAGACCAGUUCUUGUCGCAGCCCCUCCUCCGUUGCUACCGAAGGAGGGAGGAGGAGGGCGAGGAGGAAGAGGCCGGGGCGAGGAAGAGCAUGUACUUGGCCGAGAAGCCUCGACCCGUGGAUUACUACAAGGAAGAAGCUAGGGAUAUGAUGAUCCAAGUCGUUGGCAAUGGCGGAUUACCGCCGCAGCAGCCGCCGCCUCCGCCGCCGCCGCCGCAGCCGCAGCAGAUGAUCUUCACUGAGAGCAGCGGAGAGGACCAUGAGAUUAAGGCCCCGAAGAAGCGGGCGGAGACUUGGGUUCAGGAGGAGACUAGAAGCUUGAUCAGCUUUCGGAGGGAGAUGGAUGGGCUUUUCAAUACAUCGAAGUCGAAUAAGCACUUGUGGGAGCAGAUCUCGGCGAAGAUGAGGGAGAAAGGGUACGAUAGGUCGCCGACCAUGUGCACCGAUAAGUGGAGGAAUUUGCUCAAGGAGUUCAAGAAGGCGAAGCAUCAGUCGAAGGGGAGUGGGUCGGCGAAGAUGUCGUACUACAAGGAGCUUGAUGAGUUGCUUAAGGAGAGGAGCAAGAAUGCUCCUUACAAAAGCCCUACUGCUUCCAAGGUUGAUUCCUAUCUGCAAUUCUCUGAUAAAGGUUUUGAAGAUACUGCAAUUCCAUUUGGAUCUGUUGAAGCUGGUGGUAGGUCAACCCUUAGUGUGGAAAGACAUUUGGAGAGUGAAAGGCAUCCUCUUGCCAUAACAGCUGCUGAUGCUGUAGCAACUAAUGGUGUCAACCCUUGGAAUUGGAGGGAUUCCUCUGCAAAUGGUGGCGACAACCAUCCUUCUUAUGUUGGAAGGGUUAUUUUAGUCAAAUGGGGAGAGUACACUAAAAGGAUAGGUAUUGAUGGCACUGCUGAGGCAAUUAAGGAGGCCAUCAAAUCAGCGUUUGGAUUAAGAACUAAAAGGGCCUUUUGGCUCGAAGAUGAAGAUGAUGUAGUUCGCAGCUUUGACAGGGACAUGCCAUUAGGAACUUAUACUCUUCAUCUUGAUGAGGGGAUAAGUAUCAAAGUGUGCAUGUAUGACGACACAGAUCGCAUACCAGUCCAAACUGAAGAAAAGACUCUCUACACUGAAAAAGAUUUUUGCGACUUUCUCUCACGCCGUGGUUGGACUGGACUAAGAGAACUUAGUGGCUUCCGAAGUGUUGAUACAUUGGAUGAGCUUCGUCCGGGUGCGAUGUAUCAGGGCAUAAGGUGACUGAGAUUAAGAGAGAUCUGAAACAUUCAACUCAGUGAAGAAUAUUUACUGAUUUUUUUGAAGAAGUUAUACAUACUAUUGUUGGCCUGAAUAGAAGCAAUGACCUUCUAUUUUGGACUAUAUGAAGUUACUUUAUUUGCUUUAGCACGCAUAGAUCUGAUUUAAUGUUUGAACUAGUGUUUAUUUUUGUAUCUAGGGGCUCAUGAAACUGUUACCAACCCACAUAUGAGUUGGUUAGGGCUCUCAAAUAUGUAGAUAACCUUCACACUGUGAAUCUUGCCGGUAAAAGCCUUCAGACAUGUUUUCUGUUGGUUUAAAACUUUCUGGUCGAUGAAUGCGGCGAAUGUAAAUUUUAUUAUUUAUCAUCU